GAUUUGCUGAGGAAGAAUAGACCUUCGAAGCUCUCAAAGCCAAUAAAGCUAUAUACAGUUCACGCACGAAGCUCUCAAAAAUGGCGACAAUGGCCGAAUCAUCAGAAGAGAAGCCAAAUAUAACAUAUUCACCAUCACCACCACCACCACCACCACCACCACCACCACGAUCGUCAUCAUCAACUGUAAGCAAUUUCUCUAUCAAGAAAUCCCAAACCCUAGAAGAUUCAAUUCCGUGGAUCGACUACGCGCUCGAACAGGCACGGUUCGCACAGAAGACGGUUGAAGAAACCGUAGAAUCGACAAUUGCAGUCACUAAAUCUCGUCUCGAUCGAAUUCGAUCCACCUCAUCCGCGCAUUUGAAUCAGACCAUCGAUUCUAUUCAAGAUGUCAAGAGUGAUUAUAAUGCUUAUGAGGAUAUGGUCUUUGGAAAGAUAAAAGAGGGUAUUCUUGUUGCUGCUUCACAUCCAUUGGUUACGAGCGGAGCUGUAAUUGGCUUAGGACUGCUGGGUCUGAAAAGACCGAGGCGUUUCUUGUACUACAACACUAUGCGGCUUUUUACGAGUGAAGAGGCUUUGCUUUCCCGAGCUGAUGGUAAAGUAAAAGAGUUACGGCAAUCAAUUGAUUCCUUGAAGGCAGAAAGUGAAAAGUUGGAGAAGAGGGCGUUGCUAGCAGAAGAGGAGAUGAAACGAGGAAGCACAAAACUCAGACAAGCAGGGAAUCAAAUCCAAGGAGUCAUACGUUCGGCUUAUAAGAUUGAAAGACAAGCAGGGGGCUUGAGAGAUAUUCUUAGAGAGCUUCCUAGUAGAGAAGCAUCUAUUUUCCGAUCUCAAGUGUCUAACCUUGCUUCGGAAGCUAAGCGAGAAAGAAAAGCUCUUAGCAAGGAGGUUGCGAAGAUCAGUGAUUAUGGAAUCUCCGUUUGAAACUCAAUUAUUUGCUGGAUCUGAGAUAGCUUUGGUUUUUCUUUUUUUUGGGAAAAUAAAUUUGGUUUUUUGGUACAAGAUUGUUUUCAAAAAAAGGAUCAUGAUAUUUUUUUUGGUAGAAACUAAUAUUCCUAUUGUGGUGGAAAAGGCAUGUUAUUUUGUUCUAGGACAAGUCAUGAGGUUCACAAGCUUCAUUUUGUAUUUGUUCAGGAUUCUGUUCAAUUUUGUCUGGCUUGGAAUGUUAUAAGCUGGUGAGAUGAGUAAUGUUUGAGGGACAUGAAUUCUGGAAACUCUCUAGUAAAUAUUGAAUGCAAACGGUGAUACCAUGUCAUUAUUGAUGAUAUGAUAUUAUUAAUUAAUAAUAAAGUUUCAAAUGGGUAAGAUGAAUUUUACUUGGUCUUACAUGGAAAAGGAAUGGAG